AUAAAAUAGAACAUUGUGCUUCAUAUCCGGAUCACUGGUUUAGAUUGUGAUUACAAAGCUGCACAAGUUGGCCUCAAGAUCCUAUAAACAGCCUCAUUCCUGCAGCUCCGCACACUCACCCCUUCUCACUAUAGGAUGAAUGUGCUCCUACUCCUGGCGCUCUGCACCCUGGCCGUGGGCUGCGGGGCUACAUCUCCACCCCAGCCAGCCGCCAGGCCCUCGUCUCUCCUCUCCCUUGACUGCAACAGCUCCUAUGUGCUGGAUAUCGCAAAUGACAUCCUGCAGGACAUCAACAGGGACCGAAAGGACGGUUAUGUGCUGAGCCUCAACCGAGUGAGCGAUGCCCGUGAACACAAACAGGAGGCUGGUCUGGGAUCUCUGUUCUAUUUCACACUGGACGUGUUAGAGACUGGCUGCCAUGUGCUCAGCAGGACAUCAUGGAAGAACUGUGAAGUGAGGAUCUUUCAUGAAUCGGUUUAUGGCCAAUGCAAAGCAAUAUUUUACAUUAACAAGGAAAAAAGAAUUUUCUACUUACCUGCUUAUAAUUGUACUCUUCGCCCAGUUUCUCAAAGUGCGAUUAUCAUGACGUGCCCUGACUGCCCCAGCACCAGCCCUUAUGAUUUGUCAAACCCCAGGUUCAUGGAAACUGCUACUGAGUCUCUUGCAAAAUACAACAGUGGGAGCCCCUCAAAGCAAUAUUCUCUCGUCAAAAUCACCAAGACUUCUAGUCAGUGGGUGUUUGGCCCUGCCUACUUUGUGGAAUAUUUGAUCAAAGAAUCACCAUGUACCAAGUCGGAGGGUAGCAGCUGUGGACUGGAGUCCCCUGACUCUGUGCCUGUUGGUAUUUGCCAUGGUUCUCUGGGUGAACCACAAGGAAACCAGGGCAAGAUUAUCUCCGUAACUUGCUCCUUCUUUAAUUCACAGGCUCCCACGCCUAGAGGUGAAAACGCUACUGUAAACCAGAGACCUGCAAACCCCUCCAAGGCGGAAGAGCUCCAACAGCAAAACACAGCUCCCACCAACUCACCUGCCAAAGCUGUGCCCAAAGGGUCUGUCCAGUACCUUCCUGACUGGGAUAAGAAGCGUGAAGGUUCCCAGGAAAAGGACCCUGUUGAGACCUUCCCUGUGCAGCUCGAUCUAACCACCAAUCCCCAAGGAGAACCCCUGGAUGUCUCCUUCCUCUUCCAGGAGCCCAUGGAGGAGAAGGUGGUUGUCCUGCCCUUCCCCUCAAAAGAACAGCGCUCUGCUGAGUGUCCAGGACCAGCUCAGAAGGGCUACCCUUUUAUUCUUCCAUCAUGAGAACCAUAUAGAGGAUUCCUGGGGACACACUGUCCUGCAGGAGAUAUGAGGUAGUGGGGAAAAGGGGACAGAGAAAUAGUUCAAACAGGCUAAUAAAGUAAGUUUUUUGGACCUCUCUUGGUCUCAUGUUGCCCAGAAAUUGAAAUAAAGCUCAACUGUUGACUUUGCA